CAGGGCCGUGAGAUGCCUCGUUCGACCAGUCAUCUUUAGCAUCCACACCCCCAACUUCCCGUUCAGCUGCCAUCGUGCAAGCCUAAAUCCAAUGGAUCUUGAGCAUCGUCGGCGACCUAAUACUGAAUAAGGAACGGAGUUGAUGCCCGACGCCCGUGAAGUCGUACCGACCCGGACGCGGGGGAAGUGAGGUGUCCGUGUGUCGAACCAGCGAACCCGAUGGCCCUCCAUUAUCUGUGGCUGAGCCUGCUUAUCAGGAAAUUGAAGACACGGCGGCUCUGGCUCUGCUCUCGACAGACGUUGGCAGAUGUGGUCGUUUGUCACUUCUGAACACCUCCAGCUCCCUUGCUACCUAUCUUACUCCAUUUCUUUUCGGCCUGGCUGCUGAGCUUCAGUUGCGUUGCUAACCUGACAUGGCAUCCUAUCAUCGAGUCCUCGGCGUACACGGUCGAUCAGUCAAACAGAAGAGCAUCGAGUGUGACUAUGACAUCCACCCGUGGGACAUCCUGAUCAAUGGCGAGAGAUGGGCCGGCAAGGUUCGACUUGUGGGCUUUGUUGAUUCGUUCUUCCUUAUCUGCUACUCGGGCCAGUCCCGGUUUGAGCAUGGAAUUGUGGUGUACAAGGACGACGAUGCAAUACGAAGCACGCUACACAAUGCCGGCGUGGAAGCCGUAGAUAUCGGACUAGACGCAGUGAACAAAAGCAAGAUGGCUGAAGGGAACACCGAGCCGCCAAAGUACUUCCAAUUUGAAAGCCAGAAGGGCGGGCUUGACUACCAAAUCACCAGUCUUGGCCACUCGAUCGGGCUGAAGACAGAGUAUCCCAAAUCGUCGUUGAGGAAGUAUGAGAUCAAGCUCCGAAAGGGCAGGGACGCAGUGAUGAAGAAAAGGAUCAAGCGCGGAGUCAGCCAGCAUGACCUGUUCGACAUGAUGCAUGAUGCUGUCCGACUCGGCAUCAUCACACACGCCGAGCUAAUUGGGGUUAUCAUCGGCAAGACAUACGGAGGCACCGCCUUAGACGACGUCACUUCCAAGUACUUUGACGGGCUUGCUGGUGGCAAGGGAACUAACAGCCUGUCACUGGCGGGCAAAAAGGCGUAAGACGGGACGGGGUUCAGCAGACAAAGGAACGGAUGAGGUCGGGAAAAUGGCAACGAGCAUUUGUCGAUCUUGAUCAAAUAUUACACCCCCGUUCACCAUUCUCAAGAUGGCCCCUCAACUAGUAAAAAUAGCCGUAAAGGAAAGUACACCCAUGCCUGUUGCGUCCUUUCGUCCACUUCCUCUGUUGAUAAAACCAUACCCUGUAGCCCUAUCAACAACUGCCGCCAUCCUCGUCAUCCUCCUCGCUAUCCGCCUCCUCAUCACCCGAAUAGUCACUAUCAUCAUCAUCCGCUUCAUCACCAUCCUCAUAGCCUACAGCAUACCCCACCUCCUUCCCCAUAACCAC